GCAAAAUAAGUCGUUUCGAAUUGUUAUUUAUUUUGCGUGACCAGUGUGUACAUAAUUAAACGAGUUCAAAAUGACUCAGACAGCAGCUGAUAUCGAUUGGUGCUUGCUGAUUUCGUACUAUCGCAAUCGUUUUGCAAAAACAAAAGAGUAGUGAAAAAAAACAACAAAAGAAUACAAUAAUUAUUAAAAUUUGUCGUGUAUGCGCUUAUGACUAGUGAUAGUUAAAUAAUAUGGAAGAUGUGCCUGUCAAAAUAGUCGAACGAUAUAAACCACCGCCAUUAGUUUACCAAUUGCCCCAGACGGUUGCAAACCGUUUGGCCCAAUACCAUCCAAACUAUUUUGAUGGUCAAGCAUUUCAAUAUGACUUCCAGCUGGAGCGCACUGUGCUCAGCAAGUGCCAGCACUGGCGACAGAUGCGCCAUCAACAACAGCAAGCUCGUCAUGUACGCCAGGAGCAGCGCAAACAGGAACGUCAACGUGCGCUCGAAGCGAAGCAGAAGGAAAUGCUCGGAGCUGUUGAAUAUCCAAGUGCAGCCGAUCUUUCCUCGGACAGCGAUGAUGACGAGACAGCGGCGGAGUCAUCACCAACAACACCAUCACCAACAACGACCACGACAACGGCAACAUCGAAAUCAAAAUCAAUUAACGCUACCAAGUCACGUGAACAAGUUGAACCAAAGUCAAUAAACUCAUGCAACAACUUCCACGAUAUACUGCAGCCCACCAUACUCAGCGGCACGACAGCGACACCAGUUGUGGCGAACCACAAGCGGAACAGUUCACUCAAUUAUGCCGACUUUGAAUACAAUAUGAACUCGUCACCAUUUGAUAACAUUGAGCUAAAAACCAUUAACGAUUUGGAUAUACUGGCUCAGGUCUUGCAUCAGUCGCAGUUGACGCAAAAUUCGCAGGUAUCCGAGGAAGAGGAGGACCAGAAGACGCAGCCAGAUGAGCAGCCUGGAGAGAAACAAGUAGAUCGAGUGGAAACGGAGGAGGCGCCAGUCGAAUUGGAAUUAGCUGUGACUACACUGGCCGAAACCAAAGCAACACUGGAUAGUGUCAACUUUCAAAUGCACUGUGAUGAUGGACAAAACAUUCCAGCCAUGUACCCAACUACACACAACUACAACACUCCACAGCAACAACAGCUAAACAACUAUCAGCAUAUGGUCUACAAUCAGCACUAUUAUCCACAGGUGUCCGGCCAGCAACAAUUAUAUCAUAAUCACAAUUACUUGCAACAUGGCUAUGUCAACGGAUAUGGCACGCCCACACAUUUGCCGGCGAUCCCUGGCAGCAACAACAGUCCGUCGACCGCAAGUAUUCUUUUGAACCCGCAAGAAGUAGACACAAAGUCCAGAAGCGUUCCUGAUAUUCUGCGCGAGCUGAAAACUGAACUGCAGCAGGCGGAAAAGCGACGUGCUCGCCUGCACAGUCACAAUGAGAACGAGCAGCAGGCAAUGGUAUUGACACUACCACAACAGGAGUCGCAAGCUCCGCCAAGUAAUGUCAACAUAUUCCAGGAGUUGGCGGAGCCGGCACAGAAGCUGGCACAGCGUAUCAGCAGCAUGGGUUUCCCAUUGGAGCGUGUGGCCAAGGUGGUCAACCUGUGCGGCGUUGACGACAAAAAGAUAAUCGAACACCUCAUACCACUGGGCGAGCUAAUGGAUCUCGGCUUCGAAGAAACUAAAAUCUCAGCGGCGCUUUUGAAAUUUGAUAACAAUAAGGACAAAGCGUUAGACUAUUUAAUUAAGUAGUUUCAAUUUUGAUAUUUGCCCAAUCGCCUCUCGUUAUAUACAACUGUAUUUUUAUUUUAUGUGCAUUAUUAUAUGUUAAUGAGUAA